AUGUCCGUCCCAUCGGUCUGGGUCAGGAUGAUGCGCCGGCCGACGCGGCCACAGAUUUGGAAAAGCCGUCUGCAGCUGGUGCUGCUCCUCCCCAUCGUCGUCCACCUCGCCCCUGUCCCCCUCAUCACCCUUCGCGCCAAACACAUGCUGAACGCGGCUUUCCAGACCAGCCAACGACCGCCGUCAGGCACAUCCGUUACUGUAACACAUCGCCAUCGUCGUCUAAUUAAUCAGCAGGCCGAGGGAUACGCCGGCGGCUUCGGUGCAUUGGACCAUCCACCUCUGUCUUCGACUUCGGUGUUCCAGCGGGACGCUGCGCCGGCGCCCACUAGUAAUCAACUCCACCCGGAUUCUCAGCCGCCUCUUUUCUCCCAUCCCUCGUACGCUUCUCACGUGCAGCGUCACCAUAAUCACGAGUAUCCCAACGCCCACCACCGGCAAGACACGCAGGCCUUUUACUGCAACCCCUCCCAACAACACCACCACCACCACCACCAACAACAACAAAAACAAGAACCACCGUACCAGCAGCAGCAGCAGCAGCAGCAGCAUCACCAUCGUCCCGAACUUCACUCUCAUCCCCGUCAAAGCCAAGAGCAAUAUCGGCAAUUACUUCUCUACCCUUCCCCCGUCGAUUCUGCCUCUGUUGCCUCCUCAUCACCGGAACCUCACCCGGUACCUCUGCUUCGCCACCCCCACGACCCCAGGUUGUUGCAGGCCCAGAUCCAAAUCCCAAUCACUGGAACCGGCUUCGAGUUCCUUUCUGCCCAGGAGCCCGGCUAUCCCCCAACCGCUGUCGACCUAGUCCCGAUUCGAUUUCCGCAUUCAGAUCCCACACACAUCCCCACUGAGCCCCAGGCUGCUUUUUCUUUGUCCGGCCCUUCUGGAUCUGGAUCUGGACCGGACCAUCUACUCCACUACUACAACAAUAACAACAUCAACGACGACAACGACGACGGCUACGGCCACGGCGACGGCCACGGCGACGACGACUUCCUGCAUCGCCAUUCUCCCGGUGUUCACUUCCCUGACGGCUCCCCGCUCCCAUUCAUGCAGAACCCCAAGCUUUCCAUCCUCAAUGCCGAGUCGUAUGACGAUGGCACGUUGGAUCCUCGCGCUGCGAGGAGCCUGCCAGCCGGGAGGCCCGGCGCAGUGACGGACAGUGAGUCGAGUCGAUCCAAGAAGCGGCCAAAGGCUCAGUCGUCCGAUACCGAUGCCGGCCAUCAGGAAGAGGAAGAGAAGAAGCGAUCGCGAGGUAGACCGCGUCUGGACACGAAUGACGAGACAGCCAAAGAUCGCCGUCGUACGCAAAUCCGCCUUGCGCAGAGAGCCUACCGCAACCGCAAGGAAACGGCCAUUCAGUCGCUCGAGAAGAAGGUGGACGAGCUGAGACGGACCAACGAGGAGAUGAGCAAAGAGUUCAUGAAGCUCUAUGACUUCGCCGUCAGCAAGGGUAUGCACGAGAGCACGCCCGAGUUCGGUCUCCAACUGCAGUCGACGACGGAGAAGUUCGUCUCGCUGGCACGGAAAUCGAGCCUGGAGCCCGAGGGGGACGACGAGCUGCCGGCCAGCCAGGAGAACGAGGGCGAGGCGGCGCAGGACACCAGCCCGUCCCGGGCCCGUGGGCAGCACAGCGACAAGUCGGCCUCGCCCGCGGCCGACAAGCCCAGAAACCCCGGCAAGUCCCUCGAUAUGGCGGCAACAACAGCGACGACGACAUCGACGACGACGACAACGACAGCGGCGUACGGAGGCUACAUGGCCAGUUACAACAACGCCCCUCUGCACUCCAACAACGCUCGCCCACACCCCCACGGGCUGACGGCGGUGCACACGACGUCGUGGGCCGUCGACAACCAAUCUCAGGCGCCGCAUUCUAUGGGUCUCUCGCAGGCGCCUUUGGGCUACGAGAUUGUGACGGAGGCGACGCCGGACAAUGCUAGCUUUCCUUUCGGUAUGUCCAUCGAACACCAAAGCCUGAUGGCCCCCGCGUCAGACUCGCACGGCGGUCCAUCCGAACAGCCCUUGUCUGAGGCGCUCUUCUCCAUGCUCUCGGGGCCGAGCUCGUACGCGUAUCAGGAGCGCACGUUCGGGCGGCGGUUGCAGCGGUCGACGCUGGAGAAGGGCUACCUGCUGAUGCGCAUGUCCAACCCGCCGCCGUCGCUCGUCUCCAGUGCCUUCGGCUUCUGCCUGCUGUUCGAGCCCAGAGAGCGCAUCCUCGAGCGACUCGCUAACUGCCUCAGUGUGAACCAACGCGAGACCAUGUUCAACUGGCGCUUCCCCUUUCUACACCUCGGCGGCGGCGGCACCUGGUUCGGCGAGAUGAAUGAGAUGAACGUGUCGGCGUAUCCGCCCAUCGGCGGCGGCGGCGGCGACGGCGGCCCCGACGGCAGCAGUAGCAGCAACAGUCCGAGGCGAAUCAUCGGGAACCAAGGCACCGCCGAGCCCCGCCGACAAAAGGUCGACUCGUUGUUCGGUCUAGGGCCGUGGGACGCCGAGACGGAGGAGAUGCGGGACCUUCGCAUCGACCAGGAACAUGCGAAGCUGCGCACGACCGUCCCGGGGUUUGAAGGCGACUUCUACGACGCCGAUGAGGUCGAAUGGGUGCUGCAGCAGCGCGGCGUCGUCAUCCCGCCCGCCUCCGACUUCGUUACGGCCGAUAUCGACCCGGCGGACUUCUCGAUCGACACGGCGUCCGGCGGCGCCGCGGCCGGGUCGAGCGCGCAGGGGACGGCCGCCGAUAUCGUGGACACCAUGACCAGGGACCACCCUCCGAACCCCCUCGAGGCCUACGCGAGGGAGUGGCUCGGGGUGAACCUGAAGCCGACGAAGCCGACGGACGUCGACCUAGGCGAGAACAUCGACCCGGGCCUCCGGGGCGGGGCGGACUCGUCGAGCCAGUUGCCGACGGCGGCGGGGGCGAAUAAACGGUCGGUGACGAUCAACGUCGGGGUGUUGGUUCAAGAGAUCGGACUGAGGUCGGUUUGUCUUGGACGGUCGCCGGGUGUGCGGCCGAAGGAUCUCAACAUCUCGUUCUGGGCUUCUCUAGUGACGUAG